UAUAACAAAAAAAAUAAAUAACAAAAAUAAUUUUUCUUUUUUAAUAGUAAUAAAAAAAAAACUAUUAAAAUAUGAACAUAAUAAAUAAUAGCCAUAGUAUUAAAAAUAAUAAUAAUUAUAAAAAGCUUUCGAUUUUAUCACCUCUGUUAAUAAAUAACCAUAGCUAUAACAACAACAACAAUAAUAAUAUAAAUUAUAAUAGUAACAAUAACAAUAAUAAUAGCGAUAAUAAUGAUGAAAAUAAAAUACUACCAAACUUACCAAUUUAUUUAAAAAAAUAUAUAAUUAAAAUUAUAUGUGAACACAUUAAUAAUGGAAGUAAUAUUUCAUUUAACUCUUUUAAUAAUGGUAGCUCAUUCAUUAAAGAAUCCAAUGAAAUAUUAAUGAAUCUAUCUCUGGUGUGUAAAGGGUUUUUCGAUUAUAUAUCAAAUCAUCUCAAUGUAUAUUAUUUAGAAAACAACAAUAACUUUAACUAUAACAUACUAUUAAAUAAUCCAAAUUGUAGUAAUAACAUCAAUAGUAAUAAAUAUAAACUUUUUAAUAAUAAUAUCAAUACAUUUGUUAUAAAUUUUAAUAAUAGUCAAAAUAAUUCAACCAACGAAAUUAAUAAUAUGAACAAUAAUAAUAAUGGAGAAAUACUCAUUACCAAUCAGACCAUUUCAAACUAUCAUUUUAUUGACUAUAUUAACGAAAAGAUAAAGAAUUUUAGAAAUUUAAAAAAAAUUAAAAUUAUCAGUAAUUCUGGUUGUUACUAUAGCAAGAUUAAUGGUGUCGAUGAUUUAAAUAGAAUAAUAUUUUUGGGUGAAAUUAAAGUCUAUAGAAUUGUCCUUAGAAGUUGCCUAAUGAGCCAUUCAAAUAGGAAUAGAUAUCAAAUUACAAUCGCCGAAUUUAUGUUUAAACCAAACCAUGGUAAUAAUUUAAUAGAGAACAAUGAAGUUAUUAAUAUUGCUACAGAACCCGAAAAUCAAAUUAAUAAUAAUAAUAAUAACAACAACAACAACAAUGAAAACAUAAAUGAUAAUAAUAAUAAUAAUAUUAUAAUUCCUAAACCAAUUCAUUCAUUUAAAAUUAAAAAAAUUAUACACGAAUAUACCAACAGCAUGAUGGUAAAAGAUUUAAAUUUAGGUUUAUUUAUUUACUCUAUAAACAAAUCCAAAGAACAAUUUGUAGUAAGAGAAAGUUUCACAAGUUUAACUUAUCCAUUCGAACAACCAAAUAAUUUAUUUUUUUCACAACAACUAUUAUCAAAAUAUUAUUCCUAUUUUAUAGUGAUGCUAAUUUUAACUAUAUCAUUUAUUUAUUAUAAAUAG